UAUUUCAUUUCCCCCGUGCCAUUUUCUUUCUGUCCACGGCCAUCCCUCUCCCUAAACCCCUAGGCUAGGGUUUCACUCCUCGCGCCCCAAUCACCAUGGCGACCACGCCGCCGGCGGGCGCGGCGAUCCUCGACACGCUCGGCGACUUCACCUCGCGGGAGAACUGGGACAACUUCUUCAAGCUCCGCGGCACCGGGGACAGCUUCGAGUGGUACGCGGAGUGGGAGGACCUCCAGGCGCCGCUCCUCUCGCUCCUCCUCCAGGUCGGCGGCGGCGGCGGCGGCACGGGACCGGAGAUCCUGGUGCCCGGGUGUGGCAGCUCGGUGCUCUCGGAGAGGCUCUACGACGCGGGGUACCGCCGCAUCACCAACGUCGACUUCUCCCGCGUCCUCGUCGCCGACAUGCUCCGCCGCCACGCCCGCGCGCGCCCGGAGAUGCGGUGGCGCGUCAUGGACAUGACCGACUUGCAGUUCACAGAUGGAUCAUUUGAUGUCAUACUUGAUAAGGGUGGACUGGAUGCUCUUAUGGAGCCUGAGGCCGGCACAAAACUAGGGAUGAAAUAUCUAAAUGAGGCCAAGAGGGUUUUGAAAUCAGGAGGAAAAUUUGCUUGCCUUACCCUUGCAGAAUCCCAUGUCCUAGCCCUGCUUUUGUCUGAGUUCAGGUUUGGAUGGGAUAUGAGCAUUCAAGCUAUAGUUAUUGAAUCCUCUAAGAAAUCUGCCUUCCAGACCUUCAUGGUGGUCAUGGUAAAAGGAAAGAUGGGUGUAGUAAACCCAGUAAAAUCACUAUUAGAUCAGUCUGCUAAAUUCUGUAACAUGAAACAGGCAAAUGAUGUAAUUCAUUCUCUUGAAAAGGAAAACACCAUCCGGGAGUCAUACAGUUCUGGUGUUGAUGUUGUUUUGUCAUUACGUGAUCUUCAGUUAGGAGCUGUAGGAGAUCUGAAAGUGAUUAUCCCAGGACGAAGAAGGGUGUUCAUUCUUGGUGAACAGGGAAGUUCACUCUAUUGCUACAAGGCUGUUCUACUGGAUGCAAGAAAGCGAACUGAAACCUUUGUAUAUCAUUGUGGAGUUUUUAUUGUGCCUAAGUCUCGAGCACAUGAAUGGCUUUUUGCUUCAGAAGAAGGGCAGUGGCAUGUUGUUGAAAGUGCAAAGGCUGCUCGUCUAAUUAUGGUAUUUUUGGAUAGCAGACAUGCAAAUGCUGACAUGGAUGUUAUCAAGAAUGAUUUAUCUCCUCUUGUUAAGGAUCUGGAACCUGGAAAUCCUGAAGAGGAAGCCCGUAUACCGUUCAUGAUGGCUGGUGAUGGUGUGAAACAACGAGAGAUUCUGCAAGAGGUAACUUCAGAAAUAACUGGUCCUAUGGUUGUGGAAGAUGUUGUUUAUGAAAGCAGUGAUGAAGACCAAAGUUCUAUGACUGAAACAAUGUACCGGCGCCUCAUCUUUAAAAGAAAUUCUGGUUUAGUGCAAUCUGAAGCAUUGCUUGUCAGAGAUUCCACCAGUGACAAGGCAGAUGAAAAGAACAAAAAAUCACCUUCAUCAUCCAAAAAAAGGAGGAACCAGAAAAAGGGUCCCUCAGGAUCCAAGACUAUUCUGAGGAUUGAUCAUAGCUAUCUUGGUAGCUCUUAUCACAUCAGUAUCAUAUCUGGCCUUUCUUUAAUUACAUCUGCCCUGAGUUCUGCUUCAGUAUCUGGAACAAAAGUUAGCACAACUGUAAUAGGGCUUGGAGCAGGAAGUUUACCAAUGUUUCUUCGUGGGUGUCUCCCUUUCCUAGAUAUUCAGGUUGUGGAGUUGGACCCUGUGGUAGAGGAGCUAGCAAAGAAAUAUUUUGAGUUUUCAACGGACGAGCAGUUGCAGGUGCAUUUGGGAGAUGGAAUCAAAUUCAUAGGUGAUAUUGCUGUUGCAAACAGUGGGACCACCACCCAGCUCAAUGCAGUUAAAAUUCUUAUUGUUGAUGUUGAUUCAUCUGAUCUGAGCUCUGGGUUGUCUUGCCCUCACCCAAACUUUGUUGAGGACUCAUUUCUUCUGGCGGCAAAAACCUACCUUAUUGAAGGUGGUCUGUUUAUCAUCAAUUUAGUCUCGCGGUCACCUGCAGUCAGGGAGAAGGUUGUUUCACGACUGAAAGUGGCCUUUGAGCACCUAUAUUCAAUAGAUCUUGAAGAAGAGUUAAAUGAAGUUCUGUUAGCAUCCCCGAGUGAAAGAUACCUGGAUAUCAACAAUAUGGAUGAGGCUGUGAUCAAACUCAAGGCCAUGCUGAAAUUCCCAGUGGAUGUAGAAUCAGAUAUAAAGAAGUUGCAGAAGCUGCAGUAGUAGGCUCAGCUGCAUCUAAAUGUGCCAUGCAUCUGUCCUCGGCAGCCUAAGGAAAAGGGCUGGUCUAACUUCCUCCCAACUAUAGGAUCAAAUUGCUUGUACCAAAGGGCAUACGUACACCUUCCCUCGUUGUGUUGUCAAAUUUUGUUCUUGUCAAGCUUUGCUGGAAUCUGUAUAGAGCUACGAUAGGCGAGAAGGUGCCUGUCAGUUUUGGCCUACAUUGCUGAGAGAUUUUUCUAAUCCAUCACAUUAUACAUAUUAAAGUGACUCUCAACAGUUGAUUAGUGCCUCGACGUCGGUAGGCUGGCAGACCUUGCUGCUACUGGCGAAGGUGCUUCGAGACAACCGCGUGCCAACUCCGCUUGUUGCCGUGCAUGGAGUUUCACUCGGUUUUGGUUAUAUGUCUGAAUCUUUUGAGGCAGAAUUUUCCCUUUUACUAUCUCUUUUCUUCAAU